GUAUCGGGGCGGCUGGGAGCCGAGCCCCGGGCAGCCAUUUGUAUGCGGCCGCGGGAUUGGUCGCCCGGCUCCCGCGAGGGGGAGGGGAGGGAGGCAGCGCGCACUCGCGCGUGCGUGAGCUGGCGCGCGAGAAAGGGCCCGGUCCCGCCGAGGCUCGAGCGGCCGUCGCCAUUUUGUAGGGUUCUCUCUGACGCGGGAGCCGCCGCCACCGCCGCCGCCACCCGGAGGCUCUUGUCAGGAUGGUAAAGCUGUUCAUUGGGAACCUGCCCCGGGAGGCCACAGAGCAGGAGAUCCGCUCACUGUUCGAGCAGUAUGGGAAGGUGCUGGAAUGUGACAUCAUUAAGAACUACGGCUUUGUACACAUAGAGGACAAGACGGCGGCCGAGGAUGCCAUUCGCAACCUGCACCACUACAAGCUGCACGGGGUGAACAUCAACGUGGAAGCCAGCAAGAAUAAGAGCAAAGCUUCAACCAAGUUGCAUGUGGGCAACAUCAGUCCUACUUGUACCAACCAAGAGCUUCGGGCCAAAUUUGAGGAGUACGGUCCAGUCAUCGAAUGUGACAUCGUGAAAGAUUAUGCCUUCGUACACAUGGAGCGGGCAGAGGAUGCGGUGGAGGCCAUCAGGGGCCUUGACAACACAGAGUUUCAAGGCAAACGCAUGCACGUGCAGUUGUCCACUAGCCGGCUUCGGACUGCGCCCGGGAUGGGAGACCAGAGCGGCUGCUAUCGGUGUGGGAAAGAGGGGCACUGGUCCAAAGAGUGCCCAGUAGAUCGUACGGGUCGUGUGGCGGACUUCACCGAACAGUACAAUGAACAGUACGGAGCAGUGCGUCCACCUUACACCAUGGGCUACGGGGAAUCCAUGUAUUACAACGAUGCAUAUGGAGCGCUCGACUACUAUAAGCGUUACCGAGUCCGCUCUUAUGAGGCAGUGGCGGCGGCAGCAGCAGCUUCCGCGUACAACUACGCAGAGCAGACCAUGUCCCAUCUGCCUCAAGUCCAGAGCACAGCUGUGACCAGUCACCUCAACUCCACUUCCGUUGAUCCCUACGACAGACACCUGUUGCCUAACUCAGGCGCUGCUGCCACUUCAGCUGCUAUGGCUGCUGCCGCUGCCACCACUUCCUCCUAUUAUGGAAGGGACAGGAGCCCCCUACGUCGCGCUGCAGCUGUGCUCCCCACAGUUGGAGAAGGAUACGGUUAUGGGCCAGAAAGCGAGUUGUCUCAGGCUUCAGCAGCGGCACGGAAUUCUCUGUAUGACAUGGCCCGGUAUGAGCGGGAGCAGUAUGUGGACCGAGCACGGUAUUCAGCCUUUUAAAAACUGGAGGUGUGAACCUCAAAUGGACUGAAUAACCCUGAGUUGGUUGCAGUCCCAGGAGCCUGAUGUUAAUGAGGCUGCCAGGAUGAAAUACUCCAGAACUGUUGGGGAUCCAAAUUCGGGUUUCACCCUAGCAGAACUGAUUCAAGAACGUCACAGCUUUUGAAGUCGAUUGGCACAGAUCAAGACCAAGAUUUGGCCCUUUGUCUGUAAUAAGUAGAGGAACUUGGUGUGAGUUUUAACUUUUUUUUUCCCCCAGCCAUUAGUGUCUGGAGUUAUCAAUGGAAGAAUUAGAGAAUUUAGGAUUUCUUCCUUUGAUUUGGUAAGGGAGAUUUGGUUUGCUGGAAUUAUGGCUCUAAAUAUGAUAGUGUGAUAUGCACGUAUGUUGGAGGAUGAAUGAACCACUCCUUGAUACCUUUUUGUGACUGUCAUUUCUGAAAGUUUACUGUGAAAGUUUAAAGUGAAACAAAUUUAGAAUAUAGUGCAAUUGGCCAUAUUUGAGACCUUGGCAUCUUAUUUUUCUGGACCCCCAAACUAAAUUAUAGUUCUUGAUAAUAUCACCCUCUGUUGCAGUGACAGUAGCCUUGUAUCACAGAACUGGUUUUGCCUAAAAGAUGGGUAAGAAAAUGAGAAAGAUAUAUUUAUCACCAUCACAGCAGUCUUCCGGAUUGAUUGCUUCUUGUUCUAUGUAUAGCUAUAAAUAGAUUCCUAUAUAUAGCCAUAGUAGACUCCUAGGUAAUUAUAUGGGAUAUAAGUUUGAUCCAGUCUGACUUGGUUUUGUUUUGUUCUUUUUUUCCCCCUGUAAUACAGGACGGGACCAGGGCCCUUGUACUCCAAGCCAAGCUGCUCUCCAGGCAUUGUGUAAGCCUCUUGUGUUGUGCUCUCUUUCAGGUAGGAUAAUUGCGGACUGAACCCUCGGGCUGCGGUCAUAUAUGAGAACUUGCUCCGCGCGGUCCCCUUUGCCGGGAUGUUUCCAUUGCUUCAUGUUUCAGUAAACAAAGGAGUUUGUGACCAACUAUGUUUUCUUUCUUAAUUUAAUUCUUCUAAGUUGACUCUUCUUUCCUCCUGAUACUAGUCUUUGUAGCCUUUCACUCUGUUCCUUAUAUUCUCAGCCUCUGAGCAGCCCUAGGUAAGGAUUAUGCUGGCAUCCCCUUUUUCCUGUACAGUGGAACCCCCUCUUAUCUUGCUUUCCUUAGGAGUUGAACCCUUCUCCCUAUCUACCUGCAACAUCUCCUUUCCCUUAUUAAAAUGACCAUGUAGUGGCAAGCAACCUUUUGCUCUUCUCUGUUAGCUCUGGACUCUAACAUUGAAGCUAAUCUUCUGAAAUUGCUAGGACCAUUGGGGUUUUGGUUGUUGUUUUGUUUGUUUGUUUUGUUUUUUUUUGUCUGACCUGUGAUCGUGAUGCAGCAUUAGCUGAAAUUUAGCCUUGUUUUACUCCACUCCUCCCAUUUUUUUUUAAUAUAUUUUGACAAAUAAACGUUUCUAACACUUAAGUA